UCUCCCCCGAAAAACACACACAGUUCUCCGAAUUACGCACCACACCCGCUUUUAAUGGUGGAAGAGAAAAAGCAGUGCACACACUACACACACUUGUUUCCCGAAUUUACCCCUACCUUUUCCCCUCCCCCAAAACCCCUCUCUCUCUUCUUUCUCUCUCUAUCACUUUCUCUCUCUAUCGACUGCACACAGUACACACACUACUUUCCUUAAUUCAGGAAUUAGAGUGUGCAGAGAGAAGGGAAACAAAAUAAACGCAUAAAAGGAAAAUAAUCUGUUGGCAUAUCUUUCUGUAUGUAUAUGUAUUAUCUCAUUUCUAUACCCGUGUGAGGGUUUCCGCCAUACGAGCACCAGAAGAAUUUUUCUCGAGGAAAAAUAAAAUUGAAAAAAUAAUUCUCUCCGGCGGCGGAGGGUUUAUGUCCGGAAUGGACUCACGGCUGCUUUUUCUGGCCUUCUGUUCGCUGUUGGCCGCCGUCGCUCACUCGCAGUCCGGCGAUGCGGCGGUGAUGCAGGACUUUAAGAAAAGCCUAAACCCACCGAGUGAACUCGGGUGGGCCGACUCGGACACCUGCAAGUGGAAGGGCGUCUCGUGCUCGAGAGACGGGCGGGUGACCCGGAUCCAAAUCGGGAAUAUGAACCUCCAAGGCGGCACCCUCCCGCCGAACCUGAACAACCUCACCUCUCUGCAAGUAUUCGAAGUCCAACAGAACCAACUCACUGGUCCGCUCCCGAGUUUCUCCGGGUUGAACUCGCUCCAGUCCCUCCUACUCAGCAACAACAAUUUCACAUCCAUCCCACCCGAUUUCUUCGACGGUAUGACCUCUUUACAAGAUGUUUACUUGGAUUACAACCCGUUUAGCCCCUGGCAAAUUCCUGAUGGUCUCAGAAACGCAUCCACUCUACAAACGUUUUCCGCAACCUCGACGAAUAUCACCGGCCCUCUGCCGGAAUUUCUCGGUUCGGACACUUUUUCGAGCUUGACCAAAUUGCAUUUGUCGUUCAACAAUCUCGAGGGCCCGUUGCCCUCUUCGUUUGCGGGCUCUUCGAUUCAGUCUUUGUGGCUCAAUAGUCGGAAGGGUGGUUCGACAUUGAAUGGUUCUAUUGCUGUUUUGCAGAACAUGACUCAGUUGAGUGAGGUUUGGUUGCACGGGAAUUCGUUCUCCGGUCCGUUACCUGAUUUCACCCCGUUAGUUCAGCUGCAGAAGUUGAGUUUAAGGGACAAUGAUUUCACUGGACCGGUGCCCGAUUCUUUGGUAGGGCUGAAAUCCCUCACGGUGGUGAAUUUGACGAAUAAUAUGCUACAAGGGAAAACCCCUCAGUUUAGCAGCUCGGUGCAGGUGGAUAUGUCUGUGAAUACUAACAGCUUUUGUUUACCCGAUCCUGGUGUAGAAUGUGAUCCAAGGGUCAAUAAUUUGCUUAGUGUGGCGCAGGAUUUAGGAUAUCCGGCUUCGUUAGCCGAGAAUUGGAAAGGGAACGAUCCUUGUGCUUCGUGGAAAGGGAUCACCUGCAACAAUGGGAAUAUCACUGUAGUGAAUUUCCAUGGAAUGGGACUCAGUGGAACGAUUUCCCCUGCUUUUGCGAAGAUCCUUUCCCUGCAGAGAUUGAUUUUAUCGAAUAAUUUCUUGACAGGAACUAUUCCGGACGAGCUCACGACUCUGCCUAACCUCAUCGAGCUGGACGUUUCGAAUAACCAAAUAUAUGGUAAAGUUCCGUCUUUUAGGACCUCUGUGGUUGUGAAGACCGAUGGAAAUGUUAAUAUUGGAAAAGACACCCCACCCCCAACUAAGCAAGGUAGUCCACCUGGAUCUGAUUCUGAUGGUAAUGGAUCAAGAAAUAGCAACGAGAAGAAAUCUUCGACCGGUGUUGUUGUGGGCUCAGUAGUUGGUGGAGUUUGUGUGCUUCUCUUUGCCGGUACACUCGUUUUCUGCCUUUACAAGACUAAAAAGAAGCGUAGUGGCAGAGUUCAAUCUCCUCAUACCACAGUUAUCCAUCCUCGUCACUCUGGCUCAGAGGAUGCAGUUAAGAUCACUAUAGCUGGUUCGAGCGUUAAUGGUGGGACCAGUGAGACAUACAGCCACGGAAGCAGUGGGCCCAGCGACCUCCACAUUGUCGAGGCUGGCAAUAUGGUAAUUUCCAUACAAGUCCUGAGAAAUGUGACGGGCAAUUUUAGCGAACACAACAUACUCGGAAGAGGUGGAUUCGGUACCGUCUACAAAGGGGAGCUGCACGAUGGAACCAAGAUUGCUGUCAAGAGGAUGGAAUCUGGUGUGAUGAGCGAGAAGGGAUUGGACGAGUUCCAAUCAGAGAUUGCUGUAUUGACGAAAGUUCGACAUAGGCAUUUGGUUGCUCUUCUUGGUUAUUGCUUGGAUGGAAACGAGAGGCUGCUUGUGUACGAGUAUAUGCCACAGGGCACACUUAGCAGGUUCUUGUUUAACUGGAAGGAAGAAGGGUUGAAGCCUUUGGAGUGGACCAAACGGUUGACCGUUGCGUUGGAUGUUGCUAGAGGCGUUGAGUACUUGCAUGGAUUGGCUCAGCAGAGUUUUAUUCAUAGGGAUCUUAAACCGUCGAAUAUUCUUCUCGGAGAUGAUAUGAGGGCUAAAGUUGCGGAUUUUGGGCUUGUUCGGCUUGCUGAUGGGCAGGCGUCGAUUGCGACUAGACUGGCUGGAACGUUUGGCUAUCUUGCACCGGAAUAUGCAGUGACGGGGCGAGUGAGCACAAAGAUCGACGUGUUCAGCUUCGGAGUAAUCCUAAUGGAAAUGAUCACCGGACGAAAAGCCCUAGACGAGUCUCAGCCAGACGAGAGCCAGCACCUAGUCCCAUGGUUCCGCCGAAACCUAGUCAGCAAAGACACCUUCCACAAAGCCAUCGACCCAACUCUCGACCUGGACGAAGAAACCCUCGCCAGCAUCACCACGGUCGCUGAGCUGGCCGGCCACUGCUCGGCCCGCGAACCCUACCAGAGGCCCGACAUGUGCCAUGCUGUCAACGUACUCUCUUCUCUCGCCGAACUUUGGAAGCCCUCGGAAUCUACCGACCCGGAAGAUGCUUAUGGAAUCGAUUACGACAUGACUCUGCCUCAGGCGCUCAAGAAAUGGCAGGCUUUGGAAGGAAUGAGCGGUGUGGAUGGAUCUUCUUCUUAUAUCGGGAGUAGCAACGAUAAUACGCAGACGAGUAUACCUACUCGGCCUUCUGGUUUUGCGGAUUCGUUUAGAUCGGGAGAUGGACGGUGAGGAUUUAAUCUUGGGAGAUUAUGUUCUCCUCUCAAAUGGGUGUUGUGUUUGCAGGGGAUUUGUCUCCCAUUCUUGACUUGUCUUGAAUCUAUAUUGUAUUUUUUAGAUUAAGGUGAUGCACUCUUUAUUUUUUCUUUUAAAAUAACAGAGAUAGCUAGUUUUUAAAUUUUUUUUGUUGCUUGUUUUUUAUUGGAAAAUUAUGGAAGGAUGGGAUCUUUUUUUAAAACUUCAAAUUAGGGUUCUUGA